UUUUCCAAUACUUCAAUUCUAACCUUAACAGAGAGCUGGAAACAUUCAUAUAAAAGUGUGAAGAAACUCCGGAUUCAGCAGCAAACGUUUUGCGAUGUCAGGCUUGACAAAUUGUAAAGAGAUAGCAGAAUGCAAUGUAGAGCAAACGCUAAUUGUGCAUCAGAACGAGGUCACCCUAGUUGAAAACGAGGUCAAUGCUAACAAAAGGGAGGAGAUACGAACUGAUCGACACAUCAUAUACGGGGUUGAGGAACAUCCUCCAAUCUACCUUACCGUGGUCUCGGGUUUUCAGCAUGCUUUGAUUUCCCUUUCUGGUGUGGUGGCAGUGUCUCUCCUAGUUGCUGACGUCACAUGUGCUGAGAAAUAUGAUGACAUCAAAACAAGGCUUCUUAGCUCAUCACUCUUGAUGUGCGGGAUUUGUACUCUUCUCAUGUCGCUAAUCGGUUGUCGUCUUCCAUUGUUUCAAGGAGCGGCGUCUGACUUCCUCAUUCCUUUAUUAGCCAUGCAGGUUUUGGAUCCCACAAAAUGUGACCCGACUAGUCAUAUUGCUAUAGCUCAAAAUAAAAGCCUAGCAAUGAAUGAAAGUGACCCUGAAUCUGACCAAAGGGAAUUUGUACUGGACAACAUUCGUGAGUUACAGGGAAGUUUGGUUGCAGCCGGAGCAUUCCAGUUUUUGAUUGGAGCAACAGGUCUCGUGAGCCUUUUGCUUCGUUUUAUUGGACCAAUCACAAUUGUUCCCACACUCUUUCUCAGUGUUGUCUUCCUCGUCCGCGCUGCAGUCAAAUUCGUCAAGUUUCACUGGGGAAUAGCAUUUCUGGUUGCGGCUAUUUCUAUGAUUUUGUUCCUGUAUCUUGGUCACAAGAAAACGCCGGUGCCUAUGUGGACCAAAAAGAAAAGAUUUCAUAUCUUUUGGUUUCCAUUACACCAAAUAUACUCUAUUCUAAUAGCUAUUGUGAUAGGCUGGAUAUUUUCCGCCAUUUUGACGGCUUGUGACGUGUUUGAUGAUGACGACAUUUAUACUCGAACAGAUUCUAGACUCGAUGUCGUUUACGAUGCAGCUUGGUUCCAGUUACCAUAUCCAGGUCAGUUUGGACGUAUUUCUUGGAGCACUAGUGUCUUUACUGGGUUUCUGCUCGGAACUGUAACGUCCAUCCUAGACUCUAUAGGAGAUUAUUAUGCCAUUGCGAAAACGUGCAACGUUCCUCCACCACCCUCCCACAGUGUUAAUCGCGGCAUAGCGAUAGAGGGAUUGUGUAGUCUUGUUGCAGGGUUGCUGGGUUGCGGUCAUGCAACAACAACCAAUGGUGGAAACAUAGGGGCAGUUGGAGCGACUAGGGUAGCCAGUCGUGACGUUUUUAUCGUAGUUGGGAUCAUUUACGUAUUGUUUGGAAUCAUUGGAAAAAUCUCUGCAGUUUUUCUCAUCAUACCCUAUCCUGUUUUGGGUGGAGCUUUAGUACUUAUGUACGGAAUGUUCAAUGGCGUGGUCCUCUCCAACCUACAAGUCAUCAACUUGAACUCUAGUCGGAACCUCGCUAUAAUUGGCAUCGCCAUUUUGUUUGGAUUGAUGGUGCCGCAUUGGUUGGAAACAACCCCAGAUUCAAUACAGACAGGUUCAGAGUCAAGUGAUGGCGUGAUAAAAAUGUUACUGGCUAAUCCCAAUCUCUGUGGAGGUGUUAUGGCGUGUUUCCUCGACAACACGGUAAAGGGCUCUCUAGAGGAGCGCGGUAUAGCAGCUUGGAAGAAGAUGAUUGACGAUAAGGGAGGUAACUCACUACAGGGCGAUUCCAGUGUAUAUGAUAUUUAUAUACCUGAAAAAUUAAAACGAGUUCGCUUCCUCCGACGUCUUCCCUUUCUCCCCCCUUUACGGGAUUAAUAAACGUUACAUCUAUAAAUACUCAUUUUCAUGGAUAUCUUUUAAUGCUUUUUGAUAUGUUUUUGUGUAUACACAGAAAUUGGUACAGCUGUAAUACCUCUUUCGGUGAUGUUGACGAAAAUAAUAAAUUAAUAUUUUAUACUCAGGACAAGUAAACAUUUUUGUA